AUGGAAGAGGAGCAAGACAUGAUGGAGCAGCUUGAGAGCCUCACAGCUGAGUUCGAGAAGAAUUUUGCAUUUCUGGGAAGCCACUACAUGCACGAUUCGAAACCAAGAAUUGAGGAAAUCAUGUCCGAGGGUACGUUAGAUGAAGAUUAUAUCAAUGGAGUUCGAGAGCUUGGUGUGAUCAUGCAAUAA